AUGGAUGCAUUAAUUCCUAAUAAUUAUGUACAUAUUACUGGUGGUAAAGAUUUGGAAAUUACUACAGGUAUUCCAUGUAAGAUAACAAACGAGGGGCAUUAUUUAGAUAACGGAGGAGGAACUUAUGGAUCGUAUGUUACUCUACGUGGAAAUUCUUAUGACCGAAAUGAUCCCAAUUAUUCAAGGCAAAUAUGGUUUAUUGUAGAAUCAACAAAUUUUGGAAAAUACAGAAUUUCCAGUAAUGGAAAUUAUUUAGAUACUUUUGGAGGAGCAAAUGCAUCAGAAUGUCGUAUGAGUUAUGAGAAUCAUUGUGAUAAUCCUUAUUAUUCAAGGCAGCUAUGGACUUUUUUAAAUCAAAAUAUUUCUGAAUCUGAAAAAGUACAAAUACAAAACCUUUCGAAUAAAUGUUACUUAGAUAAUUGGGCUAAUCAAUAUUCAAUUGUUCGUUUUUCUUCUUAUUUUAACAAACCAACUGAUUCUUUUUAUUCAAGGCAGUUGUGGAAAUUCGAAAUUGCUGAUUAUAAACUUAAAGCUGAAAUUGAAGCAUUUAAAUAUGACAAGAAGAUUAAUAAUUUAGAUUCAUAUGCAACUAAAGUUUCUUCUACUAUUUUUGCUUCAAGAAAUCAAUCACAUAGUGGUUCUUGUAAGAUAGAACUUACUUUAUCCGAGAAAACGCAUAAUAUCACAACUUGGUCUUUUAAUAAAAGCAAGGAGAUAACUUUUUUGAAUAAACUUGAUGUUGAUAUAAAAGCAGAAUAUGCAGGAGUUAAAGGAAAUUUACCUGAAGUUAUAGAGUGGGAUAAUAAAACCACAUCUUUAGAAACUAUUAAAAAAAUCAAAUUAGACGAAACUAAUGUUUCUGGAAAGUAUUCAAUAGUGAUUCAAAAUAAAGAAGAGGUUGAAGUUAAAAUAAUUUGGCACAAGAUUAAUUUAGAUAUUCAAUUUACUGCAACGGCAAAAAUUAAGGGCUUUUCAGAUCGUCUAAGAAAAAAUGGUUCUAUAGCAAAAAUGGAACAAGUAGAUGUCAAUGCUUUAUUAUGUUUCUUGAGUAAUUCUGGCUUUGAAGGAACGAUUAUUGGUACAGAAGGAAAUAAUAUUUUAGCUGAAAUUACUGGAAAUGUUAAUAUUCAGGGUGCAUUAAAAUAUGAAAUAGAAAACCAAAUUUAUGAUGAAUGGAAAAAGCGAAUUCCAGUGCUGGAUAAAUAUUUUUGUAAUGAGGAUAAGGAAAAUAAAACAGCAAAUCAAUUAUCAUCUAGGUGUGAAUCAGCGAUUUAUCAGCUUGCUUUAACGAGUAAAUACAAUAAUUUGAUAAGUAAUAUUUGGGAUGCAUUGAAAAAGGGUGUUGCUUAUGUAAUGGAUAAGAAUCCAACUGUUAAAGAAUAUACUGAUGUAACUAUAAAGAAUAUGCGGCCGGAUCUUUUGGUUUGGAUAAAAAAUAUUUUAGUAUUUAAAGCAGAAGAAAAAGCAGAAUAUUCAAACUUUGAUGGAGCACGGCAAGGAUUAUUAGAAAAAAUGGGUAAUUGGAAUAAUUCAUUCUAUGGUCCAGUUCCAUAUCUUUUAUCAUAUGCGGCAGGAGGAAAAGCAUUACACUUUAGCGAUUUUGAAAUUUUGAAAGAAGCCUAUACAGCAAUAUCAAAAUCUAAAUAUGCAGUAUUUGCUAAAAGAGAGCCACAAUUGAAAGCCAGUAGAGGUUUUAGUCAAACUUAUUUUGUUCAGCUAACACCAGUCUGCCAUAAACGUUUACCACAUAAUGAGAGGGAAUUAUGA